GAGGCGGAGCUGCGCAGGGCUCGCAGCCGCCACCGCCUCCGCUGCCGGAACAGCCGCCGCCCGGGCCGGGGCCAUGGACGAGUUUCACCCCCAUAACGAUGAGAUGAUCUUCAAUGCUGAUGAGGCUCACAACAUAGUUAAGGAGUGCAUAGAAAGCAUUUUAGGCAAGGCAGAUUAUAAUCACAACAAAGUCAACCAGUGGACUGCUGCUAUAGUAGAACAGUCACUGACACAUCUGGUAAAGCUUGGGAAAACGUACAAGUACAUUGUAACCUGUGCAGUGAUGCAGAGAAGUGGAGCCGGUCUUCACACAGCAAGCUCAUGCUUCUGGGAUACCACAACUGAUGGAACCUGCACAGUGAGAUGGGAAAACCGAACAAUGAACUGCAUUGUCAACGUCUUUGCUGUUGCUAUUAUCCUGUAGCUGACUGGAAGAUAAAUAUGAGCAACACCGAAGCCUUUAAAAAAAAAUCAUCCAAACACAUGGCUAAAUAUUUCAAACCAUUAUUUGUUUUCAUUGGAGGAGCAUACAGAAGUUAUAUACAGAGAGCAUACAGUCUAAGCCAGUUCUCAUAGAUUAAUUAUCUGAAAGCUAGCAAAAAAAAUAAUUAUAUAUAUAUAUAUAUGUAUCUAUCUAAAGAGAAAGUUUAAGUAAUUUAAGUAUUAAGAAUUAUGUUAAUGAGGAGAUACCACAAAGGUCAAUACAAUUUAUAUGAAAGAGGAAGGAGACACAUCAAAUCAAAGAAACGGGCAAAGGGCAAGAAAAACCUCUCAGGAUUAUAGUGCAUUUGGGAACAGAUCUGAAUGCAAUUCAAAGUGGAUAUACUUUAAACAAUACUGGUGCUUCAUGGUUGAUUAAACAGAGCUAACUGUCACAUUGAAUGCUGGUGCUUCUAAAAUUGCAUGAGCAUCACAUUUUAGUCAAGCAUGAACAUUGACAAUGAAAUUAAAUCCAGUUAAGCUUUCCUCUGGAGGCAGAGAAUGAUUUCACUGGGACAAAGGUGAAACACACCUAGUCCUAGCAGAAUUCUAAUUUAUCUUCAGAAUUAAGAACAUAUUUGUCACCCCAGGGAAAUAUGCUGAGGAUCAGACAUCAUAGUUCAUAAAUACAAAAACAUUCUGAAGGUACUUCAAUUAGAUUUUAUUCCUUCAGUGCCGAAUUUGUGAUGAGCACUCUACUAAUUUGUCAUGCAGCAGCCAGGGGCUAGGGCAGGAAGACUGGGCCCACGUUACUCCAAGUAGUGUUUAGAGAGAGGGCACACACAUUUGUAGAGGCUCUUGCUAGCUUUGAAAGUGUUUGUCUUAAAGCAACAUCUGUUCUUUUUAGGAGUGUCUCCCAUGUCCUGUAAGUCUAGAAUUGGAUCUUGGUCCUAUCAAAUAAUACAGUUCAGGUUUAAGCACUAAGAAUUCCCCUCCUGUAAAUACUUAAGCACUAAGAAUUCCCCUCCUGUAAGGAUUUACUUCACUUUGCUCAUCUUAUGAGUCAAAACUUGAAAUAUUCCACGUGGAAGAAAAUUAUUUGCACACAUGAAAGUAUCUGCUGAAUUGGGGCCUACAUUUUUGUUGAUUAAUGCACAAAUUCUAUGAUGAAGAGAUGUAUCAAUACCAAAAAUGCCUAAGUGAUGGCUGCCACUAAGUGGCAGCUAAAUUAAGUUGCUUUCUCAGAUGCUGCUUAAGGAUAGAUAUUAUUUUAUUCUUUAUUACUGCAUAUCUUUGGAAGAGACUGGUUACUACCUAACAGCUACUGUAAGGCUGGUUUGGAUUUUAAGAAAUUAGUCUUAAAAGCACUAUUAUGCAGUUUUUUGUUUGUUUUCUUUUCAGAUAACUGACUAUUGGGACAUGUAGCAUUUGUCCUGUACGAAGAACAAGCUAAAAACCAUUUCAUUGCUUAAACUGUAUAGACAUAUAGCUGGUUUCAGACUGCAGAAGGAAUGUGUGUACAUGUAAUUCACAAUACCAUUCAAAAUCUCUUGCUUUGCAGAAAAGUAGAGUUCUGCUUUUACCUAAGUGCAAGUAAAAUUAAUACUGCAUUUGCCUGAGAGGCAAGUGUAGCGUGAAGAUGUAUAUGUUGUACUGCCCUUCAGAUGUGUAAUAAUUUAUUGUGAUUUGGAUUAGGACAGCAAUUUCUAGACAAGGUGCCAGCAUCCAAGAGCUGAGUUGUGGAACUGACAAGAAUGUAGUAGUUUCACUGAUAUUCGGGAUUGUGCAGAGUGAAUAAACAAGUAGGGUAGCAACAGGGAAAAGGGUUGGUAUGACCAAUACAGUUUAAGAAAUGAGUGAAAAUAGCAGUGGCUGUUACUCCUCUUUGAUGGAGAUUUGAGUGCCAUGGUCAGCAGAAGUAUUCCAAAUAGGCACUUGUAAUCUCAUUUGGUAUUUUGACUUUACUUGAAAACAAAAUGCACUGAAUAAGGCUGUCGGUUUAAUGAGGGUUGUUGAAGGUUCUGCUGCAGAAGAAACCUAGAAAAUGCUGCUUAAUUAUAAGACUGCUUCAUUUUACUUUCUACCAAAAAUAAAUAAAAGUUUUGCCUUAGUUGA